CCCGCGUAGCAAACAAGCACCGGUAAUAAAAAGGCAUUACAAGAGGAAACCUUCACUCAACUCUAUCGCUAACCACUCACCGCCUUCUCGCAUUUCUCCUCUCUCCAACAAAACAAUUUUGCUCAAAUUUAGGGAUCUGAAAAUUCGCUAUGAAUCGCCACAAUGAUCCCAAUCCAUUCGAGGAAGAAGAGGUCAAUCCAUUCUCGAAAGGUGGUGGUGCUCCUGGAUCAAAGUUUCGAAUCCCCCAAAUGGUAUCAGAAACUCUGGGCUUUGGACAGAAGCAUGAUGCUACAGUAGAUAUCCCACUGGAUACGAUGAAUGAUCCGAAGAAGAAGGAGAGAGAGCUUGCUGCUUGGGAAGCAGAACUCGCUAGGAAAGAAAAGGAAAUCAAAAAGAGGGAAGAAGCUGUUUCUAAAGCUGGUGUCCCUGCUGAUGAUAGAAACUGGCCUCCAUUUUUCCCCAUUAUUCAUCAUGAUAUAGCUAAUGAAAUACCAGUACAUGCUCAGAAGUUGCAGUACUUGGCUUUUGCUAGCUGGCUAGGUAUAGUUUUGUGCUUGGUCUUCAAUGUUAUUGCUAUAACUGUCUGCUGGAUUAGAGGCGGGGGAGUCAAAAUUUUUUUCCUUGCUGUAAUAUAUGCCAUACUUGGAAUUCCUCUUUCCUAUGUGCUAUGGUACAGGCCUCUAUACCGUGCUAUGAGGACAGAUAGUGCCUUGAAGUUUGGUUGGUUCUUCAUGUUCUACUUGCUACAUAUCGCAUUUUGCAUUUUUGCUGCCAUUGCACCUCCCGUCGUGUUUCAUGGGCAGUCAUUGACGGGCAUCUUAGCAGCAAUCGACGUCUUUUCUGAUCAUGUCUUGGUUGGGAUAUUCUACCUCAUUGGAUUUGGCUUUUUUUGCUUGGAAUCACUUCUUAGUUUGUGGGUCCUUCAGAAAAUCUAUUUGUAUUUUAGAGGAAACAAGUGAUGCAAAGUGAGAGAUGAAGCAACGGUUGCGAUGUGGCAGCUGUUAAAUCCUUGGGUUGAUAUUUCUUGUGGCGGGGAGUAUGGUCAUUGUAUUCUAGGAUUUUUUUUCCCCUUUUUAAUGAGCUGAGAGAUAGAUGUGGAUUCUAAAGUUGAUUGAUUUGAUAUUGUUGAUGUGAUAUAAAUAUAUAAUUUUGCGCAAAUUUGGUGCUGUA